UCCUUUGCGUUUCUAUGGUUUCAGCCAGUGUCUCUUCAUUCCUCUUUUCAUUGGCUCUACGCAAUAUAAAUCAGGGGGCUCUUCAGUUUGGAGUAUCUGCAGCCGAAACGAAGCGAAGGCCAAUGAGAAGUAUGUCCCCAGAGGAUGAACUCCAAAGUCCCCUCCUUGGUUUCAGCUCUACCAGGGAGGAUGUCUCUCUGAGUUGUGGAGAUCUAGACAGCUCUCCUGAGCUGGGGAGAAGGAGCAGGACUCGCAGUAGUCUCCUCACAAGAACCCCAGAUGUUGACAUUAGUUGUCAUGGAGACUAUGUCGAAAGAACGAGCCCUCUCCUUAAAAUAUUUGCGGAUGCUGAAGCAGCUGCUAACUCUGCAGCCAUACAACUCGUAUCUUUUAAAGAUGCCAUGGAAGAUGAAUUUGCCGAUUCAAGACAGUCUGCAACGGACAAGCGCCAAAUUACGAGGCAGAGAGGACUUUUGCUGGAGAAGUUGGAGGACUUCAGACGAAUAAAUAAGUCAGUUAGACAGAAACUGAAACAGCUGCGAGAUACAGAGGCUGAUCGCAUUGAUGAAGACAAACAGAUUGACAGCUUGCUGAAGAGGAUCGCACAGGCUGAAAAUGAAAAUGAGCAUUUAAAAAACAAUUUGAGCAAGACAGAAAGAAAAGUUGAGGAACUCAUGGAUCUGCGGAGAGAAGAGCAGGAGAACAUAAAGAGUGCUGUUCACAUGACCAAGUCUGUGGAGGCGACCCGUGCUCACCUGCAGGGGCAGCUACGCAAUAAGGAAGCUGAAAACAAUCGUCUGACUGUACAGCUACGGACUUUUGAGAGAACCAUAACUGAACAGAAGAUGGAGAUUGAUGACCUUAAAGGGACCAUCACAUCUCUGUCUGAGCAGGCAGCACAGGACAAAGAAUCUCUCAAGAAAGCCACUCGAGCACAGAAACUGAGAGCUGAAAGAUUUGAAGCUGCUGUUGAGAAAUGCUACACGCAAAUGAAGGAAAAGGAUGUUCAGCUGGCCAAUGCCCGCUUAGAAAGAGACUCCAGGAGGCGGCAGAAGGAGCAGAUGACAGAUGAGAAAGAGAAAUUUGUCACUCAAAUAGAGAUAUUGAAAAGUCAAAUUGCAGACUUGACAGCGAGGCUGCAGCAGGAGAAGGACGAGCUCUCUGCAGCUAAUGAAAUUGUGAUGCAACGGGUUGAAAAACUCGCCGCUGAAAAUGGAGACUUGUGCGUCAAUAAUGCAACACUCAAGACAUCUGUUGAUCAGUUGGAGCAGCAGCUUGCUGAUUGUGAGGCUGCCCUGGUAGAAGAGAAGAUUGUGUCUCAGAAGAGGAAACACGAAGCUGAACAGAGCCAAUACCAGGUUGCAGAGUGUCAAGCUCAGAUAGACACUAUGAGGAUAAAAUAUGCAAGUCUGUUACGAGAGACAGAGAAUACACGAGAUGGAAAAGAUACAGAAGUUGAGAAGGUGAGGCAGGAGCUGCAGGGGCGUAUGGAGGAACUGAAGGAUUUCCCUGAGUUACUGAGCGCGGCUGAGCAGAGUCUCUUCGAGUGCCAGGAGAAUCUGCAACGCUCGGAGAGGAAGUGCUCAGAAAAAUCAGAAGCCAUUAGGCAACUGCAGGUUAAGAUGGAGAGUCAAACAAAAUCGCUGAGGUCAUCUGUGGAGAUGAAAGACUCCAUUCAUGAGGCCAAUUUACAACUACAAGAGAAAGUGAAUUCCCUUCAAAAGAAGAUGGACCAGCUGCAUCAGGAGAACCUAGAGCUCGUACGGAAGCUGGCGGCUCAGGAAGAAGCUUUUGGCUACAGUAAUCGGCAGCUGGAUCAGCGUUCAUCUGAGUGCCAGGCCCUCAGCCGGCAGCUAGAAGUAGCUUUAUCAGACGUCAGACAACAGGUCAAUAAGGUAAAAGACCAAGCUGUUUCCAGAGAACAAACCCUUCAGACCAAAAUCCUGGAGCUGGAAGCAGAGAAGAGCAGAAGGGAUAACGAGCUGAGGCUUCUACGCCAGAGCAAACAGACUGCAGAAAAACAGUUCGAGGUGCGUUUGAAAGACCUGCAGCUCAGCCUGGACCAGUCAGAGAGCCAUAAGCAAAGCAUUCAGAACUACGUCGAUUUCCUCAAAAACUCUUACAAGACCAUGUUUGAUGAGGGACUGCAAACAUCAAGUCUUGGAUCUUCUUAUUUUCUGAAAUGACUAAGCUGUAAUCUGUUUGCCUUUUUGAAUUUUUUUGCUUGUUUUUAUCAUGUACUGUAAUAUUCACGAGGACUAUUUAAAAAAAAAAACAAUAAUGGAGGCAAUAAUCUAUGUCACUUUUAGAGGAAGCAAAAGUUUACUUUUGAUAGAUUUGGACAAUCUUUGGAUAUCUACUUCUACAUUUGUCAUAUUUAGCUGACAAUUGGUGACACUGGUGACACUCAUUUUUUUGUGUGUGUGUUUUGUGGAGGAAAAAAAAGAUAUCAGGGAACUUUGCUGUUGUUGUGAUACGUCCUGUGUACAUUACCCAAGAAACAUUGUGUGUUUUAUUGCUGUAAAAGACAAGGAGCCAGUUGCAUAAAUUAAGUUUAAGAGUAAUCUACGUUGGUUUCAGAUUCUUGAGUUAGAUUAGUCUGAAGACAGUCUGUUGCAUAAAUAUUAAGAGCGUCUUAUUUUGAGUCAUCAGAAGCAGCCACAAACCCUCCAGCUAAAACUGGCUAACCUCAACUACAGUAAGCUGUGUUGAGUUAUGAGUUAACCAAACCGAAAAUAGCACUUCUUUAUUGACACACUUUCUCUUUUUAAACAUUUAUUCAACAUCUUUUGUUGUACUGAUUAUAGUAGGGUCUGUUUACAUCAGUGUGUUUCUCUAAGCAUUACUGACUAAUCUUCAAUCAAACCGGAGUUUUAAGCCGGAGAAAACUGAUGUGCGAGUAGGUGAAACUGUUUUGUUAGCUGUUCUCUUCUGCCAAGUGUCUUUAUUUUACCUACAGUUCAUUGUGUCUUCGGUCAGUUUUAUCUUGGCCACUACUGGAUGAGUUCGAUGCAGCAGAUAAAGUUUAGUGUCUUUAUUGACUUAAAAUGAGUUUGAAAGACUACAUCUGUCUUUGUGCAACUGGCUCUAGAUCAAACCUGUUUCUUGACAUAUUUUAGCUUUGUAUCCACAUUUUUUUAGCCAUGCACACACCUAGUUAUCAAAUCAAUUAUUAACCAAUGCAAAUGGUGCUUGAAAACUGAGUAACAAUAUGUUGGUGCAUCUGUUCCAGUCAAAUGAACAUAUGGUACAAUAAACCACCUUUUUUUUUUCAUGGUGCUCCACUUCAACAUCUCUGCAAAUAUGGGAAUUUUUGAGCUCUACAAUACAGAAAUGCUCAUUGCACUGUUUCCCUGCUGAUGCUGAAAGCUUGUGUUUUGAUAGUGAUCGCAGAAUAGAUGUGUGAUGUAUACUGACUGUGUUUAUGUUCUGAUUCUCAGCUGGCCUGGGAUGAAUGGUGCUGAAAAUCAAUUGUUUAGCUGUCAGGUGUGAAACUCAUGCCUUUAGGGCUGCAGACAUAAUUACCAAGAUACAUGCAACACUGGGAUAUUUCCAGACUACUUAAAGUCUUAUUGCUGACUCAUUCUCAAGCUUUUGAGAUGGACGUUUUUAUAUUUCCGAGACUUAGGUACACAUGAAAAAACAGGUACUGUGGCACGAAAAGAUGUGUUGUUAUUUGUUGAAGAAGUUCAGAAUGUCCUAAAAAUUGGGAAACCGUGUUUGUCUUUUGCUGUACUUGGAUCUUGUCCUGCUGUUGUUGCUUGAGUUGUGCUCUCAUACUGUAUCUAUUGUAAUAAACUACCAAGCGUCCAGACCUCA